GGCUGGUGAGAAGAUGUUUGCCUGGACCAAAUAAAACGGCCGAAAAAUCGGCAAAGUUCUGUGUGCACAACUUUUUCUUUAGCUUUGCCCACCCGCUUCGUCUCCAGCUUUCUACUUCAAACCAUGGCUGCUCAAGCAACGUUCAAAACCAUUAAAGCUGUCGUUCCUCUGCUCGACCGUGUGUUGGUCCAGCGAUUCAAACCUGACACUAAAACAGCUUCUGGGAUAUUCUUACCCUCAUCUUCGACCACUACGCCCUUACCCGAAGCGACUGUGAUUGCCGUAGGUCCUGGAGCGCCUAAUAAGAAUGGGAAUAUCGUUCCUACUCAGGUUAAGGCUGGCGACCGGGUGUUACUUCCUGGUUGGGGAGGGAAUUCGAUCAAAGUAGGGGAUGAAGAAUACUUUUUGUUCAAGGAUUCGGAGAUCCUUGCGAAGAUUCAGGAGUGAAAGGAUAUCAUGGCCGAGGCGUUUGCUCCGAGUUAAGCAUCAUCUUAUACGUUAAUUUUUUUAUAUGGUUUUGUUUUCACGCACUAUCGCAAUAUAUCUGCAUCGGUAUCCCCGCUCAA